CAUGAGCUAGAGUAGGACCCGCAAGAUAGACAUUAGAUGAUUGAUCGGUUCUUGUAAGGGCGGCACCGUGAUGAUGAUGAAUAGUAGUGAGAAAAAUGAAAAUCUUACAUUACUAAGAUUUGAUAGCAGAUAAUCCAAUUUCGUAUUUGAGUUGCCUGGUUGAUUCUUUCAAAACAUAUUGUCAUCAUUGCUUUUGCAGUAGGCACUUCAUUAUGACACAAUACAGCUCAUCUCUUUUCACUCAUUAUUAUUUUUACUUAUCUAUCUUGAUUAAAUUCAUGGCGAGAAAAUACCAAGGACAUGCUGUUGGAAUAGACCUUGGCACAACUUACUCGUGUGUUGCAGUGUGGCAGGAGCAACAUUGUCGAGUUGAGAUCAUUCACAAUGAUCAAGGAAACAGAAUAACACCUUCGUUUGUUGCUUUCACAGAAAAUCAGAGAUUGAUCGGUGAUGCUGCUAAAAAUCAAGCUGCUGCCAACCCUCAAAACACUGUCUUUGAUGCUAAGAGGUUGAUUGGUAGAAAGUUUAGUGAUCAAGUUAUUCAAGAUGAUAUAAUGUUGUGGCCAUUCAAAGUCACUGCUGGUGUCAAUGACAAACCUAUGAUAACGGUCAAUUACAUGGGUCAGGAGAAGAACCUAUGUGCCGAAGAAGUAUCCUCUAUGGUGCUCACAAAAAUGCGAGAAAUUGCUGAGGCAUAUUUAGAAUCACCGGUUAAGAAUGCAGUUGUUACUGUGCCAGCUUAUUUUAAUGAUGCUCAGCGAAAAGCCACUAUAGAUGCUGGUGUUAUUGCUGGCCUCAAUGUUAUGAGGGUAAUGAAUGAACCUACUGCUGCAGCUGUUGCGUAUGGUCUUGACAAGAGGACUGAUUAUGAUGGAGAACGGAAUAUUUUUGUCUUUGAUCUUGGUGGUGGCACUUUUGAUGUGUCUCUACUAACUAUUAAGGGUAAUGCCUUCAAGGUUAAGGCAACUGCUGGAAACACUCACCUUGGUGGAGAAGACUUUGAUAAUAGAAUGGUGAACUACUUUGUACAAGAGUUCAAGAGAAAGAACAAAGUGGAUAUUAAUAGAAAUGCCAAAGCAUUGAGGAGGUUGAGAAGUGCUUGUGAGAAGGCAAAAAGAUCACUUUCUUUCCUUGUUGUUGCAACUAUUGAAGUAGAUUCUUUAUUUCAAGGCAUUGACUUUUCUUCAUCCAUCAAUAGAGCCAAGUUUGAAGAGAUGAAUAUGGACCUUUUCGACGAGUGUAUGAAGAUUGUUGAAAGCUGUGUAAUGGAUGCUAAGAUGGACAAGAGCAAGAUAGACGAUGUCGUACUUGUUGGGGGGUCGUCAAGGAUUCCUAAAGUACAGCAGCUAUUACAGGACUUUUUCAACGGGAAGGAGUUGUGCAAAAGCAUUAAUCCUGAUGAGGCUGUGGCUUAUGGGGCAGCUGUUCAGGCUGCUAUGUUGAGUGAAGACAUUAAGAAUGUUCCAAAUUUGGAGCCGCAGAAUAACUCACAGUUGGUGCUGCAUAAUGUUCCACAGUUGGUGCUGCAGGAUGUUACACCAUUGUCUCUUGGUAUAUCUGCAUUAGGAGAUAUCAUGAGUGUGGUGAUUCCUAAGAACACUUGCAUUCCUGUCAAUAAGACAAAAUCAUGUGUUACAAGUCAAGAUAACCAAACCAUUGCUUUGAUUAAGGUUUAUGAGGGUGAGAGAACAAGAGCCAGUGACAACAAUUUGCUUGGUUCUUUUACUCUUUCUGGCAUUCCCCCAUCUCCCCGCUGUUUCCCUUUUUCAGUUGUUUGUUUUUAUAUCAAUGAAAAUGGUAUUUUGACUGUUUCAGCUAAGAAUAAUGCUUCUGGAACUUCCAACAAGAUUACAAUAACCAAUCACAAAGAAAGAUUGUCAAUCGAGGAUAUUAAAAAAUUAAUUCAAGAAGCUGAGAAUUACCAUAUUGAAGACAAGAAAUUCCUCCGAAAGGCCAAUGCAGUGAAUGCAUUGGAUGACUACAUUUACAAAAUGACGAAUACUUUAAAGAAAAAGGAUAUUAAUUUGAAGCUCUCCUCACAAGAGAUCCAGCUGAUUGAAGAUGCAAUUGCAGUGGCUAAAAACCUCCUGGAAGAGAAUAACAAGCUGGUUGAAAUAGAAGUUCUGGAAGAUCACCUAGAAGGGCUUGAGAGCAGGAUGAAACACAUUAUAGCUAAGACUAUUUAGUUUUUAUUAAGUUUAGGGUCGACAUGUUACUUAAAUUGUUACUGUCAUUUUGAUAUAUUAAGCAUGCAACAUGUUGAAGCUAUGAUGGAGGACUCUUUGAUUCAAUUGUUGUUUUUAGAUUUCAUUUGAUUAGCUUACAAAGCAAACUAAAUAUGAAAGGAUUCUCCUUCGGUCUU